AUGCGUCCUCUAACUGUCCUCUGCGCCCUCUCUACACUCUCAGCUACACUCGCGGUUCCCUUCUCGCAACCAUCCAACUCAACCAGCGCAUCAAAAAAGACCCCCUCGUCAACUGGGCCGGCGACUCUACCCUCGCCGACACUCAGCGCACCUAAUUCUUGCCCCCCAAAUAGGUCCAAGCAAUGUUGCACAACCCUCAGCGAGGUAGGCGACGGUCUCCUCAAGCCAUUGGGCAUGCUCGUUCCUCUCGUGGGGGCGAUUGAGUUGAAUUCACUGGUUGGGCUGUCGUGCCAUAAAAUGGACGACAAGGCCCCAGAAACCGACUGCGGGGAUGCAGUCAUGUGCUGUGAUAAAACUUCGACUGUUGCCUCGGACAAUUUCAUGCAGACUUCCUGCCUGGACUUUGCUAUCGCGAAGAAGCAGGAGCAGGAGGCGAUUGAGCGCCAGCAGAGGCGGUUCUCGGCGUAUCAGAGUAUGAUGAUGUCGGAGUCUGCUACCCCUAGCCCGACGCCAGUCGGUCUGAUGGGCUCGUCUGUCUCGAGGGCGAUGGCAACGCCGACCAGGGUUUAA